GGGGGAAGGAGAAGGGAUCAGGAGCGGGAGCUGAGGGGAGGGAGAGGCCGGUCCGGGUCUGGCCGCGGCAGCUGCUCGCCUGAGGUCUCCAGGCCGGGCUGCGGUUCCGUCCUCCGUUCCUGGGCACCGUCUGCGAAGCUCCGCCGCGCCAGCGUGGGAGAGCCGCAGGCGGCGACCGCCGCAUCAUGUCAGCCAAGGACGAGCGGGCCAGGGAGAUCCUGAGGGGCUUCAAACUAAAUUGGAUGAACCUCCGGGAUGCUGAGACAGGGAAGAUACUGUGGCAAGGAACAGAAGACCUGUCAGUCCCUGGAGUGGAGCAUGAAGCCCGUGUUCCCAAGAAAAUCCUCAAGUGCAAGGCAGUAUCUCGAGAAUUGAACUUCUCUUCAGCAGAGCAAAUGGAAAAAUUCCGCCUGGAACAGAAAGUUUACUUCAAAGGGCAAUGCCUAGAAGAGUGGUUCUUCGAGUUCGGCUUUGUGAUCCCGAACUCCACAAACACCUGGCAGUCCCUGAUAGAGGCAGCGCCCGAGUCCCAGAUGAUGCCCGCCAGCGUGCUAACUGGGAAUGUUAUCAUAGAGACAAAGUUUUUUGACGACGAUCUUCUUGUAAGCACAUCCAGAGUGAGACUUUUCUACGUUUGAGAGAAGAAUGUGUGUGCAUUUCAAGAAUUUGGGUUUUUUGGGGGAAAGGAGGAAACUGUUUACUUUUUUCCUCCACACAUUUGGUUUUUGACACUUCCACCCCUAAUUCCCUGUACGGCAGAACCCACCUGCAGCCACCAGGGGACCAGUUCUGUGUAGGUAACCAGAUGGCUGUUAACUCCUGAGCCGCCAUCUUCCACUGACCAGACUCAACUCCCAACCCCAGACCAGGGCAGAGGGUGAGCCUUGACUCCUUCCCAGGGUGACACGGGACAGACGCUUACCACGAGAGCCACUGCUGUUCCCGCCCCCGCCCUGCCUCCUCCUUGAGCCCUGCAGGCAACACAUCUUCCUUUGGCCCCUGGUUUUGGAAAAAUUCAUAUUCCUGACCUAUGUUUAGUUUUUUUCCUAGCAUUUCUAUUUCAUACAUUCUCAUACAUUUAACUUGUAAAAUAGACUGUGAUAUUAUUAUUACGUAAUGAAUUAAAACAUAUGAAUUAAAAUAUUCCUACAGUCUUUA